GACACCACGCAUCACUAGCUACCAGUCGAGUCCAGUCGAGUCCAGCCGAGUGCAGACGAGCCAGAUUUCAUACCCUUAGACUGGGACCGGGCGUGAACAUUGAUAUGAGCAUAGACAGAAUUCGAUAGAGCGAGUAAGGACUAAGAAAAAAAAGCAAAACGAGAAAGCAAAGGCCGCCGACGUGCUUUUCCCUUCGUUGUUUGCAUUGUGCAUACGUCGUUUGCGCGCGCGCAAAUCAGUGCUGCGCUAUUGCAUGGCUCUUUGCGCGCGCGAGGACCACUAGACCUUGAGAAAUGGAUUUACGCGCCAUGUUAAAUACCGACGGCGGAGGAUCUGCUAGUGAUCGGUCAAGGGCAGCUCCUCCACCGCCGCCAGCUCAUCCGUCCAUGUCGACUUCAUCUGUUGGUCCAGUCCCAACGACACCUGGGACGCCCGGUCAGACAGCUCCACCGCCGCCGCCGCAUUCAUUCCGCGAUUACAGUCACUCGACCCACGCGUCUCCCGUCUCCCAACCACGUGAAUACCCUCCGCAUAGUCACCCAAAUCACAACCCACCUUCGGCAGGUCCUGGACCAGCGCCAUACGCCUCACCCACAAGCUAUCGUCAUUCUUCGCCCACCGGCCCAUACUCGGGCAGGCCGUCGGUUCCCCCACUCCAGCCACUGGCUCCCCACGAUAUACGAUCUCCUGGUAGCGCGUCAUUGUCCGGUCCUUCACCGUAUCGUCAGACUCCUACAUCCUCCGUGAGCGGUGGUAGUACAGCUGGCUACCCGUUUCCACCUACUCAACAGCCGCCGGCAAGCCCUGGGCAACGCCAUCAAUACGGUCCUUCGAGCUAUUCGCGCGACAGCUAUUCUUCUCAAACCCCCACCGGCUCGCAUGGGUCGGUCUCUUACCCCCAAAGUCAAGGGCAGCAACAUCAACCGCCACAGCAACACCCACAACACCAACAGCAACCAAUACCUCAAACACCACCUAUCGGUAUUCCCGGUGGAAGUCACCAAUAUCUACACCAACGGUCUCUCUCCAUCCACUCGGCGUCGACGCCUACGUCUGCACACAACCAACAGCCAUCCUAUCCUCCGUAUGGCCAAAGCAGUCCUGUCGCAAUACAUCAUGGUCCACCCUCUCACCUUGAUCAACAACACCAUCGGCAUCAGUCGCCUCAACCUGCUACGCCUCUAGGGCCACCUAUGACCGCUCCUCCUCGGCAGUCACCCGCUGCGAGUUACCAGCAACCACCUAGCCCAUACCAGCAACGCAUAACAUCAACCUCACAAUCGUACCAACAAAUGGUGAAAGCAUCGCCUCCACCUCCUCCACCGGCUUCCAUAUCCCGAUUGCCGAGCGUCGGACACAGUGCGUAUGACGCAGUCAGUGAAUCUCAAAGAAGAUCUCAGUCACAACAAUCCCGAAGCGAACGUGAAAGAAGUAUUAGUGUCUCACCAAAGACACGCGUGCCCAGUUUACCUAGUAGCACCGGCCAGUCUGCAUCUAACGAGCAGGACUCAUUCCACUCUCAGCAACGUUUGCAACCUCAUCCUCCUGUGGGUUCCGUGGCAAACACGGAAUCACAGCGCGAUAUGGCCACCCCUGCCAAGAGAAAAUUAGACGACCGAGAUUUGCGACCGGACGAGGUGGAGAAUCAACGCCAACCACCGCCUCCUCCAAAGCUAAACGGCAAUCACGCGCCUCCUUCUCAACCUUCGUCUACGUCACCCACCAUGCCUCGAAAAAAGCGCAUUAUACACAGCGCAGCGCCUACCUGGGCUCAAUCUGGCCGUAAACGAACACUCGCUGCAAGCCGCAACUAUUCAAUCAAGCAACAUAAGACAGUGGCUCCCAGCUCGGCCGCCUCCGUCAACGGUACGCAUCCUGAACCCAGUGCGACUACGAGGACCGAGCAUGUGUCCCGACACACCUCUCCGGAGACUGCACGAUCGACCACACUGGCCAGGGAAGAGCCCAAUCAAGUCGCAGCGAAAAGCUCCUUGACAUUUGGAGGGCAGCCUUUCCCAUGGGAGCCUAGUAUCGAAGGCUCAAAACCUAUCGACUUCAUAUCCCGCACCAUUGCCGAUUUUUUCGUCUACAACGUCUUGCAAGGUCCCAACCCUGCUGAGUUGCGUGCACGUGGCGCCACGUUUGAGAUUGAGGCAAAGCUUGGUACCAUCAUUGACAAGAGUACAAAUGAUCGCGUUGAAUUGAGGAUCCAGGGAGGCGAGUGCAUCAUUGGUGAAGAGGCUAGGAUAGCCUUCCGUAGUUCUAUGACCGAGAAUCAACAUCAGGGAUUUAAUGAGUAUCUAAAUGAUCAGGUCAAAGCUUCGUUUGCUCGCUCAACGGCCGAGCCCCGAGUCCCUGUACAAUACGUUCACCGCCGCCAGACGGACCGAUUCUUUGACCUGCCAGCUCAUUUACGCCAAAGAAUACCACCUUCCGUCGCCAACCUACUCCAGCAGAAUGGGCCACUGAAAGCUCGAGUCUCGUAUGAUCAAAAGACAGGGAAUGUAAUUGCUAAGAUCGUGAAGGCAAGGGUUGCCGACAUUCACAUCCACAUGGCCCAUAUGCCCUUGGACUGCCGAAUCAGUGUCAAUAUUGAAUGGGACUGGGACGGCCCUGCGCAAGAGAUCGAACAGAACCAGAUCCCAAACAAGGAUCGACAGCCUGACCGCAAUAAGGACAGGCUGAGCUACACUCACGGGUUUUAUCAGAUCGAUCUGACGCAAGUUACACGAGAAACUGUAGGCCCACAAGGGCAGGCUGGUGCGCCGUCCAAGGAGCACGAACUAGAAAUCGAGCUCGAUUCUCGUGUGUUGUACGAUCAUGGCCACCUACUCAUGAAGGGCGAACCAAACAGGUAUACAGAUCUAGUCGAUGGUUUGAUAGAUAACAUACGGGUGCUGGCGAAGCGCUGUCCCCAGCCUGUCAUGUGACGGGCUUAACCUUUGCUACAUUCUAAGCAUACGGCCUUACUUAAGCUAUUUGAUGGCGCUGUGGGAACAACCUAAGAACUACGCAUGCAAGAGAGCUUGACGGAAUGGGGGAGCCUUUUAAUGGGUUGGAAAAGGGAGAAAAAAUUAAUGCUUUCUUUGUAUUUGAGAUACCACACAGCUGAGUUUCGCG